GCAGCGGGUAGUAUGUACACACUAGGCCCCAAGGAUACAGAGGGUGUUGUGCCUGCUGCAGCAAGACAGGGAUUAAGAGGUGGGAGUGGAGUCUGCUGUCUCGGAUUGCUGCAAAAUCCAUCCUCUCUCUGAGAUAAGAGACAUAUUAAUGGAAGAUGAUUGAAUGUGAAGACCUAAACCAAGAAGAAAUAAUUAAAGAACUGUGUUUAUGCAAUGGUUUAUCUUAUGAGAUGAUCGGACAAAAAGGAUCAGACACUUCAAAAUUGGAAAUGUUUUUCUCAGGGUAUCCUCGUAUAGUUGGAUUAUCAUUAUUUCCUAAUUUAACAAGCCUCACAAUUGUUGCUCAAGAUAUAAAAGAAAUUUCAGGACUAGAGACUUGUUUACAGCUUAAAGAACUUUGGAUUGCCGAAUGCUGCAUAGAGAAAAUUGGAGGUCUUCAAGAAUGCAGAAAUUUAGAAAAACUGUAUUUAUAUUACAAUAAAAUUUCUAAAAUAGAAAAUUUAGAGAAAUUAUUCAGAUUGGAGGUUCUUUGGCUGAACCACAAUGCAAUUAAAAACAUUGAGGGCUUACAAACUUUGAAGAAUUUAAGCGAUCUCAACCUUGCUGGAAAUCUAAUAAGCAGCAUUGGUCGAUGUCUUGAUCCCAAUGAAAAACUGGAAAGAUUAAACCUUUCUGGUAACCAAAUAUGUUCUUUCAAGGACCUCACCAACUUAACCAGGCUGCGUCACUUAAAGGAUUUAUGUCUGAAUGAUCCUCAAUAUAAAACCAAUCCAGUUUGUCUGCUAUGUAAUUAUUCCACACAUGUGUUAUAUCAUUUGCCUUACCUUCAAAGACUUGACACAUUUGAUGUAUCAGCAAAGCAAAUCAAGGAACUGGCAGAUACCACAGCAAUGAAGAAAAUAAUGUAUUACAACAUGCGCAUAAAAACUGUUCAAAGGCAUCUUAAUGAAGACCUUGAAAAACUGAAUGAUCGAAAAUGUAAAUUACAGAAGUUGCCAGAAGAACGAAUAAAAUUAUUCAGCUUUGUGAAAAAAAAUUUGGAACGGGAACUGGCUGAACUCAAAGGAUCUGGCAAAGUGCACAAUGACAGAUCUAAUAACAAUAAAGUAACUGAGCUUGAAAAAUCAAAGAAUGGUGAAACUGUCACAGAAGAACCAAGCCUUCAACAGAAGAUAGUGACCAAAUUAAAUGCCCUGAAUGAAAGAGUAACAUUCUGGAACAAAAAAAUAGAUGAAAUUGAAGCAAUUUAUCGUAUUGAAGUAAAGCAAAAGAAGAAAAGUCAUAGUUUAUUGAUCCCAUUUUUGUUAAUUGAGUUGGAGACUGUGGGAAAUAUCCACUUUGAAGAAGGCACUCGAUCGGAUGACUGGUUUAAUUCCUGCUACGAAUUAAUUCUGUCACGUUUUUGUACGUGGGACUUCAGAACAUAUGGUAUUACUGGAGUGAAAGUAAAACGUGUCAUCAAAGUUAAUAACCGUAUUCUGAGACUAAAAUUUGAAGAGAAAUUCCAAAAGUUUUUGGACAAUGAAGAUAUGCAAGAUUCAGAGAGCUAUCGAAAGAUGUUGGAAUGCCUUUUUUAUGUUUUUGACCCUGAAGUUACAGUGAAGAAAAAGCAUCUGCUACAAAUACUUGAAAAAGGAUUCAAAGACAGUGAAACAAGCAAGCUGCCUCUAAGAAAAGAGGCUGUCAUUCUUGCUAACAGCCUAAGUAUGUGUGAGUGUCCCAGAAUUGAAUUUCUACAGCAAAAGUACAAAGAUGAGAAGAUAAACUCUUUUGAGCAUGAGCUCUUCAGACAUGGCAUCCUCCUGAUUACAAAGGUUUUCCUUGGCCAGAGUGUUCAAGCUCGUGAUCAGGAUUCCAUCAGCCAAGCCAAUUAUCCAAUGCUUAAUUCAGUGUUCAUUCCUCGAAAAUAUUUACUAAAUUCUAUCAUGGGACAAAGAAACUGUGAUUGCAGCGUUCGGCAGUGCAAGUGGUUUGUCUUUGAUCAUGACCUUGUUUUGCCUGAAUACAUCGUAGAAUUUGAGUAUAUUACAGUGGUCAAGGCUCACUCUUUAUUUUCAUUCAACGUUAUUCUAGAAGAGAGCAAAAAAAGUUCAGAAAGAUCAUUAUUGUCCCAGGAUUUGAAAUUUGAUGAUGAAGUCAUAAAAAUGGAUCCCAGGAUCAAGCCCAGACCAAAACUUAUUAGUUUGGAUGAUAAAACAAUACUUUCUCUUGCCAAGACUAGCAUUUACAGUCAUAUUGUGAGCCUGAAUUUACAUGGAAACAGCUUGAGUAAACUGAGAGAUCUCUCUAAGUUAACAGGACUUCGAAAACUUAAUAUCAGCUUUAAUGAAUUUACGUGUUUAGAUGAUAUAUACCACCUGUAUAACCUUGAAUAUUUGGAUGCAAGCCAUAACCAUGUGAUAACUCUUGAGGGAUUUAGAGGUCUGAUGAAACUUAAGCACUUAGACUUGAGCUGGAAUCAACUGAAGAAAUCUGGUGAUGAAAUAAACGUGUUAUGCAAACACACUACAAGCCUUCUCACUCUUGAUAUUCGACACAAUCCAUGGCAAAAGCCAGCCACAUUAAGGAUGAGUGUUAUUGGCAGAUUAAAGACUCUUACUCAUUUAGAUGGAGUCCUCGUUUCUGAAGAAGAAGCAACAGCAGCUACGAAAUUUAUCGCUGGAACAAAGAUUACUCAGUUUUCUCUCUUACGGCAUUCUAGUACUAAAGAGGAGAGACCACGGAUUCUUAGUAUAUGGCCUUCUGCCAAAAUUCUGACACAGAUUUCAAAAUCAGGACCACAUUCACAUCUAAAUGGAAACUGGUACUUGAAGAUAACUGCCUUAAAUUUAGAUGGGCAACAUCUCUUUGAAAUCACAAAUUUAGAAAAAUUGGAAAAUUUGAAAUGGGCAUCAUUCAGCAACAAUAAUCUCACUAAAAUGGAAGGCUUGGAAUCCUGUGUUAACUUGGAAGAACUCACAUUAGAUGGAAACUGCAUCUCAAAGAUAGAAGGUAUUUCCAAGCUGACUAAAUUAACCCAUCUCAGCAUAAAUAAUAAUCUUCUCACUGGUCUGGAAAAGCAUACUUUUGAUAACAUGCUUCAUCUUCAUUCCCUUUCUCUUGAGAACAACAGAAUCACUUCACUGAGUGGUUUACAAAAAGCUUUUACUCUAAUUGAAUUAUACAUAAGCAAUAACUACAUUGCUCUCAAUCAGGAGAUCUACAAUUUAAAGGGUUUAUGCAACCUGGUCAUUCUAGACAUGUAUGGAAACAUUAUUGUAUGGAAUCAAGAAAACUACCGGUUGUUUGUAAUAUUUCAUCUUCCAGAACUAAAAGCUUUGGAUGGAAUCUCAAUUGAACCAUCAGAGACUGAGUGUGCAAAAGACUUGUUUGGUGGCAGACUUACUUCUGACAUGAUUGCAGAACGACAGGGACAUUCAAACUUCACUCAAAUGCAAGAACUAAAUUGGACUUCAUCAUCCAUCAGAACUGUAGAUUUGGUUCCUGUUGACCAAUUUAGAAAUGUGUGUAAUGUGAAUCUACAGAACAAUAAUCUUACCUCAUUCAGUGGAUUAAUUUAUCUGCCUAAUGUGAAGGUCUUAUGCCUCAACUAUAAUCAUAUUGAGUCAAUCAUGCCCCGACUAAAGCCUCAGACUCAUUUGACCAACAGACAACUACUGUACCAGAAAGUUCCUUCAAGUGGCUAUGGGCAGCAAGGAACUGCAAAAAUAAACAGAGAUAUAAUGAGCAGUGAAAAUUUGCCUCCAAUAAUGCACAGUUUAGAAGUUCUUCAUUUGGGCUACAAUGGAAUUUGUAAUUUGAUUCAGCUACAACUUAACAGACUAAGAAAUUUAAAAUUCCUCUUUCUGCAGGGAAAUGAAAUCAGUCAAGUGGAAGGGCUUGACAACUUAGAAGUCCUUCAGGAAUUAGUAGUGGACCAUAACCGCAUCAGGGCAUUUAAUGAUAGUGCAUUUGCCAAACCAAGCUCCCUGUUGGCACUUCACCUGGAGGAAAACAGACUACGAGAGCUGAGUAAAUUACAACCUUUGGUAAAACUAGAGAAACUCUUCCUAGGAUAUAAUAAAAUCCAGGAUAUGACAGAACUGGAAAAACUUGAUGGGAUCUCUUCCCUCAGAGAGCUUACAGUUUAUGGCAAUCCGAUUUGUAGAAAAAUGCUACAUCGCCAUGUGCUUAUAUUUCGACUGCCUAACUUACAGAUGUUAGAUGGAAUCCCUGUGAAUUCAGAUGACAGGGCAAAAGCUGAAUUUCACUUCUCUGAACUACAAGCUAAGAAAAAUUUGUUUAUUCCUGUUACCAACUCUCCUGUGGAUGGUGGAUCCUUUGGCCAAGUGAAAGCUCCUCCCAUUAAGAUAACAAAUGUAAUUCCGCCUGGUGGAUUUAGCCAUUACUUGGGAUCUGACUUCACUUUAACUCCUGAAGUUGAAGGUAUUUCGACAGAAUUUCUGAGUGAAUGGGAAAAAACAAACAACGGCAACCAAAAACCCACAUAAUUUCAAACAAAAGUCUCACUUUCAUUUCUAAUACUGCUUAAAUUGCAUAUUUUAAAUUUACGUUUGCUAAAAUUGAAUAUUUGUUCGUUUCAUGUAACCAUUCUGAUUUCAAAGAAUCUAUAGUAUUUUUUAGUUUUGCUCAACUUCCAAUAUGUUGUAACUAAGCAUUUGCUUGCAAUUUGAACUUUGUGAUACUUGCACAAUUAUUUCUUGACAUUUAUUUUAUUUCAUUUUAUGUAUUUCAUAGCUGAACUAACUGCUAAAACCAGUUAAUUAGUAUGUCCUACUAAAAGAAAUCAGAGGUUUAAAAAUAUUAGUAACAGCAGAGUCUUGGAGUAUGAAGGAUAUCUUAACAAGGAGAAGGUCAAAUUUUAUCCUUGAAACCACUAGUAAAAUAUUCAUGAAGCUAUCAAUAGGGAACAGUUUCAAGAGAUAGCUCUCUAAAGGAAGGGAAUAUUAAAAGGACAGAGCAUGGAAAUGGUUCAUUCUAUUAUAUAUAUAAUAGAAUGAUAUAUAUAUAUAUAUUCGCUCAGGUAUAAUAGAAUUAUAUAUAUAUAUAUUCGCUCAGGUUUGGAUCAAGGCUAUUCCCUUAUUCUAGAUCUUCACUGGCUAUAAUUUUCAGGAAACUGGGAAUAGCUGCUCCUUCUCUGAGGGCUCAUCUCUUCCAUUCUUUAUAACAUUUCACUUGACCUCAGACCACUGUUAGACAAUAAAACUGAACAUCACAAUAGUGAUAAAAUGAUCUAAGAGCCUACUAAAAAAAGUAGAUCUCUCUAUCCAAUUAUUUUUAAAAGAAACUCAGUUAAAAGAAACCAAACAUAAUUUACUAUGUUAAGAUGUAUUUUUUAUUUUUCAUCCUCCUACAUACUUAUGGCUUCAACAUUUUAAUCACAGUGAGAAUUUUUAUGCUUCUGCCCAAUAGAUACAACUAUCAGUAAAACUGAACAUACCAAAUUGUUAUUGGCCUCCUUGAUAGUACAGUGUCAUCACUGUCAUCUUCAGUAAUGUCUUCAAUACCUUUUUUCUUGGCAUGGAUUCAUCUCCAUAACUUUCUUCUCAAAUAUCUUUCAUUAAGAUUCAUUGUACAACUACUUUUUAGUAUUUUCUGGAAAAGUUCUGUUUCUUUACUAUUUUCUGACUGUAUUGCCCCAAUUUUUGUUUUGAAAAGUAUAGUUACUUUCUCUAUAAAUUUAUAAUAGCACACGAGCUCUGAACAUUUAUAUUUUUUAAUUGCUAAAAAGGUAUCAAAUUGGUUCAUUAGCUCAGAAAAAUUUAAGCAGCAUUAAGUACUAGAAAUGUAUUUCAAUUCUAUAUUUUUAUUUAAAGUUUUUAAUUCAUGUUAUGAAAUAUGUAUAGCACACAUUCAGCUAAAGGACAACAGAAGUUAUUAAUUUAUUAAUGCUUUUCAUUGGUUCCUAAUUCCUAAUUUCAGACAAACAAAACAAGAAUGCAGGGAUUCUGAUGAGUAAUCCUCGGAGCAUCCAUGCAGAAAUAGCUUUUAGGCAACUCAGAGGGAUAAAUCUCUCUCCAUCUCUUUUAUCACAUCAGAAUAUGGCAUCUCCAAGUGCACAAAUGUACCAGGGCAACCAAGAUGAGGAAAGGUAAAGCUAUUUUGUGUUUUGACAUUGUUUCUCAUCAUUAAAAUAAAAAAGAACUCCCUGAAUUUGCCUGUCAUGUAUAGAAAUGGGAAAUAUUGUUAUAUUCUACCACAUAUUUACUCUGUGAGCUGGGAAGAAACUGUCAGAUAGCAUAAGGCUUCUUCUCUCAUAUUUGCCAAACCUUUCUCAAAGUCCAGUAUAUAUAAAGCAUAAUUCAAAAAAUGCUUUUUAGAGUUGGCUAUCAAAGUAGAAUAGUGUUCACCCAGUACUUAGGUAAGGAAACACUAAAACAAUUAUGGAACUACUAUUAAUUGUAUUCUCUCCCGAGUCACUUCUAAUCACUGAAUAUGCAAAUCAGUUCACUUAUAUUUUGAACAACAGAUAAAUUCAACUCUGAAAUCGCAAAGGCUGAGAACUAUGUAUAUUCUUCAAACUUCUCCUUAUAAUUCCCACUUGCCUUCCUCCAGUUUGGAUCCAAGCCCUAGAGGCAGGCUGAAGGCCUAAAGAACCUGCUACUUCUCAUUAAGAAUUUGCUCUGCUGCUCAACAGCUGUCAUGUCCUCUAGCUUCUUUGUAACCAAGCUCUGGAUCAUCUAUUAAAGGUGAUCUAGCAGCAGGUCUAGCUUAGGCCUGGCUCCUGCCAUAGUGAUUUCCCUGCUAUAAUCAGUCGUAUCCCACUGAGUAUAUAUUUAUUGAGUAUACUAUAUUGAUAUCAUAUUUUGAUAUCAAUAGGUUAUAUCCUCAUGAUAACCUGAUUUAUAGAUAGCCAAAAAUAGGAUAUUUUUCUCUCCUGUGUUGUCUUUUUUAAAUUGUACACAUAUAAAAUAUAAAAAUUAUUUACUGAAGAAUUACCUUAAAUUAGCUGAUCCAUUAAGAAACCGUCACAAUUAUCUGACUCAUAAAUUAUUUUGUUUCUGACAGAAUUCCCGGCAGCCACUUUCCAAGAUCAAAUCGAAUGUAACUGCCUAAAGAGAAAUGAAUAUACACCAAGAAACCUAUUUCUGUUUAGUAGUUGUACAAAAACUAUUAGACAGUGUCAGUGAAAAAAUAUAUAUAAGACAAUCAUGUUACUUAUGUUACUGAAGCACCUGAUCCAUAUGAAGAUAAUCUCUAUCACCCUUGGUGAAUUUUAUUUUAUAUCCCCCCUCUUAAACUUUUUUAUGGUUAUCCUAAUUAUUCAUUUGAAUUUCAUGUUUGAAAAAUCAUGAAAUAAUAUAUCAUACAAUUUGAAAAGAUACAAGUGACAUAAAACAAAGUCUAAAAAAUCAAAUAUUUAGUGGAAACCAUUUAGUUGCAAAAAUCUCAUUUUGGCUUGUCAUAUAAAGAUACGAAAAAACAUAAUUGUAGGAAAUAAGCAUAUUUUAAUUUGUAGAAUAUCUGUUCAUUUAGGCUUACCUAAAGUUAAAGCAUACAUUUCUAACAAAACACACUAUUACUAAUGCAGGUUGAAUUUUGCUAGUUGAACUACAAAUUAGUUUAGGACUAUAUUUCAGGAAAAAAAAAAUCCUCAAACUGGGUCUGCCCUAAGAAUAAAUCAUAGGCAUCAAUAGUGAAACUGGACAGGGCCUGUGGGGCUCCUGGGCACAAAAGCCUUUCCAUGUCCCCCAUUUCUUGUUCUUAGGAAAUGGGCCUCAUUCGGCCACCAUGACCUUUCCUGAGUUCCUAGGGACAGCUUCAGACAGUUGCAGAUCAGGGAAGGGAGGAACAGUCGAGCAACAACAGUACAGCCUUGGGGCAGGAUCCUGGUUCCCUCUCAAGGAUACACAUAAUAAUAUAGGCAUCUUAUACACCUAAGAGAAAAGUUAUAUUCCUUAUGCUUCUUUUAGAAAGGAAUACUUUAAAACUGAACAGCCUAGAGUCUUUCUUUGUCCUUCUUCCUGACUUAAUUGCACCCUAAACAAAAUCACCCGUAAAGAUUAGGCACUCUGAGCAUAAUUGCCUGUGCGCUAAAGAUUAUUAGCACGUGAUGUUUACCAGGAACGUUCUUGGUUUGUUCUAAUUUCUGAUCAAUAGGCCCUUUUCACAAGUCCUGUUGUUCUAGGCAAUAACCCAGAAAAACACCAUCGUGAACAUCUCCUGACUCCAGCUUUGAUGACUAAGAUUCCCCCAAAGUAGAAUGCAUGUUUGUUCCAAUCCUGAUUCCUAUCUGAAAACCUGUUUUUCUCCUUUUUACUCUAAAACUCCUCGCAAUUUGGGGGGGAGGGGAGCACAGUCUUUAAGGCAUUAGCCUGCUGUGACCCUCCUUAGCCUGGCAAAGCAAUAAAGCUGUUUUUUUCUCCUUUA